CAAUCACUACUCGAGAUUUUCGAUUUGGGCGUCAAGAUUAUUACUUUCUUUCUGGGAUCAAUCGGAGAAGAGGAUCGGAGAUGUUGGAAGAGGGAAUUUCGGCGACUUGUAGGGGUUUCUAUACGCCGCCACCCAAACGGAGUAGCUAUCAGUUGCCAUCUCCGGCGACCCAGACGAGGCCUCCUCAUCCCCACAGCGCCGGCGGCAAAGAGGAACUAUUUCACGUCCUUCACAAAGUGCCCGCCGGCGACUCUCCCUAUGUCCGGGCCAAACACGUUCAGCUCAUAGAGAAGGAUCCGAGCCGGGCCAUUUCUUUGUUCUGGGCUGCCAUUAAUUCCGGCGACAAGGUGGACAGUGCCCUGAAGGAUAUGGCAGUUGUGAUGAAGCAGUUGAACCGUUCCGAUGAGGCGAUUGAAGCCAUCAAGUCUUUUCGCCAUCUUAGCCCAGCACAUUCCCAAGAAUCCAUUGAUAACAUCUUGUUAGAGCUGUACAAGAAAUCCGGCAGAUUUGAGGAUGAGAUUUAUCUUCUUGAACAUAAGCUCAAGAACAUUGAAGAAAGUAUGGCUUUUGGUAGGAGGACAACUAAGAUUGUUAGAUCUCAAGGCAAAAAGACUGAAGUCACACUUAACAAGGAAUACUCCAGGUUGCUUGGUAAUUUGGCAUGGGCUUACAUGCAAACAGAUAACUUCAAGUUGGCUGAAGAGAACUACAGAAAAGCUCUUUCCCUUGAACCAGACAAGAACAAGCAGUGCAACCUUGCAAUCUGCUUGAUGCAAAUGAACAAGAUUGCGGAGGCCAAGUUUCUGCUUCAAUCCAUCAGAGCUUCUUCGUCGCAAGAUCGCGAAGAGAUGAGCGACUCGUGCUGCAAGUCCCUUGACCGCGCCAUGGAAAUGCUCUCGGAACUAGAGCGAAAACCAUCUGGCAUUUGCUUGGGGAGAAAACAUGGGUGUCCUGUUUCUGGUAGGGGAAGUCCAAGGACCUCGGCGUGGUCGUCUAGAGCCAGCAGAAGACUGCAUUUUGAGAAGCCCAACUUCAAGACAGGGUCUCACUUUCGCGAUGGGAAUUGGAGAAGGGACCCGAAAUGCAAUUUGCCCAUUAGUUUGGAUGCAUCAGAAGCAUCAUCACCAUCACCAUCAACUUCUGGUUCAAGAAAAUCUGGGUUCUUCCCUUCCACUGCUAAGGAGAAAAUGCAGAAGAGUUGGGCUGAUAUGGUUGAAGAAGAAGAAGAAGGAGGAGGCAAUGAUGAAAAUGAAGAGUUCUUGGUAACAGGAAGAGUUGAAACACUGGAUAUCAAUGGUGGGUACCACACACAACCUGAAGAAAUUACCAAACACCAUUCCAAGUGCUUUGACACUUCUUUUGUUGGUGGCUCAUCAUCUGCUUGGCAUAAGGAGUUAAACUUUGAUAAUAUGGACAGUUUGGCUCUUCCUCCUCAUGUGCGCGAUUUCGCGACUGCCACGGAAAUGCCUCUUCGCAAGCUGAAGCAAAGGAACAAUAACAGGCUGCAAGUGUUUCAGGACAUAACUCCUUGAUCAGUGACACUCUCCUUUUUAGGCUUUGUUUGAUCAUUUGUUGUGUGCAGAUAUAAAAAGACAUAGUUGUAAAUACCACCAGCUUUGAUUGAAGCUGCAAGUUUGAUUUCUGUUCUUGUUGUAGUCAUAAAAAAGAUAUCUUUCUUUUCUUUUUUUUUACUGUGAAUACUUAAGUAUAUAUUCUGCUGUGAAAAAGGGAUGAAAUUAAGUGAGCAAUUUGGGAGGCAUCAAAUGUUUGUUCUUUAUUUUCAAAUCUGUCUCAUACCUUAUGGUGGAUUAAAUUGUCUAAUGUAGU